AUGGCUUCUUCACCCGACGCCACCCCACGCCUAACAAAAUUAGAAAAAGAAUAUCGCAAAGCGUAUGGGGACAUAGGUGUCAAAUACCGCAUUGACAAAGUCCAAAAACUCUACAUCCAAAUGCUCGACGAACGAGAAAUCGACGGCAUCGCCCGCAUCAGAGAAUGGCACGAACAACAGAUCUUAACCAUCAAGCAAGACCUUGACAACAGCCGUGACGAGUGGACGAAAGCGGUCGAAAGCUAA